AUGUCAGAGGUGACACAGAAGGAAAUCAAAGGUGGGAAAGAUGAUAGGGUAUGGAAUCAAGAGAUCCAAGAUGAUGCGUUGAACGCGUUUUGGAAGACGUUUGGUGAGAGGUUGACGAGCGCGAGGGUCAAUUUGUAUGGAGAGGAGAAAGUUGCAGAAGGACUGUUGGGUGUGGGCGAAGGACAUCAGUAUGGAUGGACGGGCAUUUUGGGCAUGACGAAGGAUUCGGUGCCCUUUAUUGGUAAAGUACCCGGGAAGGAGGGACAGUGGGUGAUCGCUGGGUUUAAUGGUCAUGGAAUGGCCCGUAUAUUUGGCUGUGCGCCUGGCCUUGUGAAGUCGAUUAUGGGUGGAAGGUGGGCGGAUACAGGCAUGCCUGAAUGCUUUGAGAUUACGCCAGAAAGGCUGGAAAGGCUGAAAAUCUAA